AGGUCCUCAUCGCCGCUUGUGUGCUCUUCUCCCUCUAACUUUUACAUUGUUCUCUUCUUCCACCCUAGUCAUCUUUUCUCUUUCAAGCUUCUCCUUUAUCUCUCUUUCGGGUUCUCACUCUCUUCUAUCUCUCUCUCUCAUAUAUCGGAUUGAGCUUUUGGAGUGAUGAAAGGAAAAGGCAAAAGCAAAGCAGAAAAACUUAUUGUGGAAAAGAAGAGAAAAAGGAAGAACCAAAAAAAUGCUGAUGCUGAGACGGACAUUACUUUGAAUAUUCAAGAUGGAGUAGUGAAUGAUCAUCCUUUGGAAGUUAAAGAGAUCCAAGACUUUAAGGAGCAUGGAGUUGCUGAUAUUGUAGCUGCAAUAAAACCCUGUAGGUCAAAGAAAACUAAGAAAAAGAGGAUAAAGGAUGAGAGUUUUGGGAAAGUGUUUCCAAAGUCACCAGAAAGGGAAGGGAGCCCUGAUCACGAAGAGAUUUAUGUUAUUUCUUCUGGAGAUGAAGACUGCUCAAAAGGAAUGAAAAAGUGGAUCAUGGAAUACCAUGAAAGUAGAUUAGGGUUGAACGUAUUGCAACAUCAAAUUGAUGACUUUAUAACUGCCCAUGAAGAAAAAUUGGAAGAGGAAAGAAGAGAGAAAGAAGCUUGUGCUGCAGAAGGGGGUUGGACUGUUGUGGUACACCAUAAGGGUAGGAAGAAAACUACUGACUCUGAAAGUGGAGUGGCUGUUGUUUCUGUUGCCCAAGCUGCUGUGGAGAAUAAAAUGGCUAAAAAGAAGCAUAAAGGAGUAGGACUAGAUUUUUACCGGUUUCAGAAAAAAGAAGCCCAAAGAAAUGAGAUCAUGACCCUGCAGAGUAAAUUUGAGGAGGACAAAAAGCGCCUUCAGCAGUUGAGAGCUGCCAGGAAAUUUCGACCAUAUUGAAACAGUUUCUAACAUAGUGGGCCCAGAUUUUUUUA